AUGCCGUUUGGGAUUCUGGACUGCAAGCGGCUGGAGGUGGUGCCGGGCACGGCAUGCAUGUCCGACCAAGCGGACCUGCCCCCCGAACUCCACGACGUCCCGACCUCGCGCCUCAAGCACGGCACCGGGAAGUACGCGCACGUGCUGCUCGUGCCGCAGCCGUCGGACUCGGCCAACGACCCCUUGAACUGGCCCCUCUGGAAAAAAGACCUCGUCCUCCUCAUCGUGGGCUUCUCGGCCGCGGUGGCAGGGGCCUACGGCCCGAUGCUCGGCCCCGGCUUCGUGCCCAUCGCCGCCGAUAUGGGCAUCUCUGUCGACACGCUGUCGCACAGCACGGCGUGGAUGGUGCUGACGCUGGGCGCGUGCGUCUUCCUCACUAAUCCGCUCGCCAAGAUGUAUGGCAAGCGGCCUGUCUACCUCGUCGCUAUCUGCUUGCUCUUUGCUGUGAAUGUGUGGGGCGCGCUGGCAGAUAGCUAUGGCUCGUUUCUUGGGAGUAGGAUCCUUGGCGGUGUUGGUAUGGCGCCCUACGAGGUGCUGGUGCAGUCCACCAUCGCCGACAUCUAUUUCGUGCACCAGCGCGCAACCCGUAUCGCCGUGUGGACGCUGUUCCUGCUCUGCGGCAUCACAGGCGCCUCCUUCAUCAGCGGCUACCUGAUCGAAGACCUGGGCUACCACUGGACCUUUGGCGUCUGCGCCAUCAUGUUCGGCGCCUCGCUGAUCGCCAUCUUCUUCUUCGUCCCUGAGACGUCGUAUGUCCGGGCGCCGCCGCCGACGCUGGCGCGGAACCCGUCGACCGCCAGCAGUGCAGGCGGAAGUGAUGAAGAAGCCGCCGCCGCCACCGAGAAACGCCGCACUGCUGAGCAUGUCGAGCGUAUCGAGCACGACGAAAAGCCGCCCACCGCCCUCCCCCUCCCCCCGGAGCCAAAGACGCCCUACUGGCGCACGCUGCGUCCCUUCACCGGACAGCGCUACUCGUCGGCGCCGCUCUGGAAAAUCAUGGCGCGGCCCUUCGUCAUGAUCGUCUUCUACCCGUCCAUCCUGUGGGCCUUCCUCAUCUACGGCACGACGCUAACCUGGAUCGUCGUCUUCUCGGUGGUGAACGGGGUGCUCUUCACCGCACCACCGUACAACUUCAGCGUCUCGCAAGCGGGCCUCACAGGUCUAUCCCCCUUCAUCCUCACUAUCGCCGCGGAAAUCGUCGCCGGCCCGCUCAACGACCGGCUCUGCCUGUUCCUCGCGCGCCGCAACCACGGCAUCUACGAGCCCGAGUUCCGCCUCGCCCUCAUGACCCUCGUCGUCCCGCUGGGUGCGGCGGGCUUCUUCGGCUUCGGCGCCGCGGUGCACUUCGAGACGCACUGGACCGGCCCCGUCAUCGCGUACGGCCUGGCGAACAUGGCGCUGGGGUUCGCGGGCGUGUGCGUGUUCGGCUACGUCGUGGACUCGCAUCCUAGGCUGGCGGAAGAGGCGUUUGUCGCUAUCAACGCCCGCAACUUCCUUACCGCUGGCGUGACGUUUUUCAUCAAUGCGUGGUUAGCGCGCGAGGGCGCGCUGCGCGUCUUCGUGGUCUUGGGGGCCCUGUUUUUGGCCGUUUGUGCGCUGACGCUGCCGUUGUGGGUGUUUGGUAAGAAGCUGAGGAGCUGGAUUGCGAGGAGCGCGUUUUUGCAGGCGUUUAUGAGCGAUGCGUGA